UACAUGACUGAGAUCUGCUUUAUUUAUGAGUAGCAUAUUUAUUCAUUUAUGCACAUAUGCACACAUUUGCACUUUAUAUACACCUGUCCUUGUACUUUAUUAUAUAAAUCCCCUUAUUUUUAUGUUUUAUAUUUCUCUAUAUUAUUCUAUUCUGAAGCUUGAUUUGAUUUGUUUGAGACAAUCUUAAGAAAGAUGUUUUCCUCUAGUUUGGAGUAUACAUUACACUGUCUUACUGUAUUUUUGAUAGUGUUUACACACACACACACACACACACACACACAUAUAUAUAUGUGUGUAUGUAUAUAGUUUUUUGACAGUGUUUCUGGUGGGCGUUCAUAUUUUGAACUGGGGCCUAGUUUUGUCCGUACGCCACUGUACAAGCCUGUUACGGAUCACUGUAAGAGCGAUUCUGAGAGGAAACGUUAGACUCAUGACAGCCCUGUGGAAACCCUCACAUAAACCCUUUAUAAACGAGGCUUUCGUGUCAUAAGUGGAGGUCUAGGCGGUGAGCCCACCCUCAGAUCUGCAGUCUGAUGAUCAGAUCGUGAGAUCGAAGCUCGGUCUUUUCCGCCGGGCUGGGUCCUCCGACUGUCUGCAUGGGAAGGUCUCAGUGUUGUGGGUGUGUUCGAGAAAGAGUUUAAAAAUCCCACACAUGCGCACAACGGGCUCCAGACCCCCUCUUUCUCACAUACACACACACGGAGAAGCACACACUCACUCUUACACACUCUUCUUGCGCCAUAUUGGAGUGCUAACGGAGCGGAGCCAUUCAGCGCUGUAACCCGCUAGCACAGCUCGGCUAGCGGCUACUCCGGACUCUUAGCCCCGCUUCUGCUCGGCGCUUUUUAAACCUCUUCGCGGUUCCUGAAACUCCCCCAGGCGUCGGCUUUUAUCCCCCAGGCGAGUGUUUUUCCAGUGUCUGGGUCGUUUUGUUUGUGUGCGUUUUCCUCUCUCUUUCGGAGCCGUUCGCUCUGAUGGACCCGAGGCUCACCUGGAUCCAGCCCGAGCAGAAGGGACCUGCUAACGCUCUGUGGAUGCGGGUGUGGGAAACCUCGCAGGGCUUCCGGACCGGGACGAACCGGGCCGGCUCACCCACCAUGGCGUCUAGUUUUUCGAAGAACAGCCCCGGCGUGGUUCCGCCGGUACCGUGCUUCUCCGGCCACCAUCACCUCGCUAACGGCAGCGCCGUCUCCUCCGGCUUCUGCCCGAUGGUGGACUCCUGCGGCGUGAUCGAGCUGGCCAACGGCGCGAUAAAGGCUCCCCAGAAGGACGGCUCUCUGUCCCCGACCGAGUCCGCCGACUCGGAAACGGACAGUCCCAAGUCGGACUCCUCUGGAACUUUAGCCAAACUUCAUUUCGAUUUCGUCGAGCAUUUGCACAACAUUAACAACUACCUGCAUCACCGUCGCCACCAGCAGCAGCAGCAGCUCCAUCCCCACACAUCUCUGCAACCACACUUCCACCGGCACGUCCCCUCGAAAGACCUCCAGCAGAACCACCACCAGGCCAGAAAGAAGAGCGACAACAAAGCCAGCACCUACGGCAUCACCUACCUGCUCUCCAGCUCCAACGCCAACCACUUCUGUUCAGGGACACCGUGGAAGACGAGACGAUACAGCCCCAGUAUUAACGGGCUCCAUGAAGAGAUAGUGGACUUCUACCACUUCAUGUCCCCGCGGCCGGAGGAAGAGGCAAUGAGGAGAGAUGUGGUGAACCGUGUUGAGACUGUGAUAAAAAGCCUGUGGCCUACAGCUAACGUACGUAUUUAUGGCAGCUUCAGUUAUGGACUAUAUCUCCCAACAAGUGACAUUGACCUGGUGGUGUUUGGGAAGUGGGAGCGGCCUCCUCUACAGCAGCUUGACCAGGCCUUGAGGCAGCAGGACUUUGUCGAGCCUUUCUCCAUCAAAAUACUGGAUAAAGCUACAGUUCCUAUAAUUAAACUCACUGACACAAAAACGGAGGUGAAAGUGGACAUCAGCUUUAAUGUAGAGAGUGGAGUCAAAGCUGCAUGCUUUAUUAAGGAAAACCUGAAGAAAUACUCAGUGCUGCCAUACCUGAUCUUUGUUUUGAAGCAGUUCCUACUGCAGAGAGAUCUAAAUGAAGUGUUCACUGGAGGCAUCAGUUCCUACUGCCUCAUUUUAAUGGCCAUCAGCUUCUUACAGCUCCACCCCAGAAUCGACUGCAAGAGCUCUAAUAUCAAUCUAGGCAUUUUGCUCAUCGAAUUCUUUGAGUUGUAUGGUAGAAAUUUUAACUACCUGAAGACAGGUAUCCGUGUGAAGAAUGGGGGGGCGUACCUUGCCAAGGAAGAGAUGAUGAAGGCCAUGACUAAUGGAUAUAGACCCUCAAUGCUGUGUAUCGAGGACCCAAGCUCACAAGGUAAUGAUGUAGGUCGCAGCUCUUACGGUGCCAUGCAGGUUAAGCAGGUGUUUGACUACGCUUACAUUGUCCUGAGUCACGCCGUCUCUCCCCUGGCCCGCUCCUAUCCCAACAAAGACAUGGAAAGCACACUAGGCCGGAUAAUCAGACUGACCCAGGAGGUGAUUGACUACAGGGAGCGGAUUAUCAAGAAAUGGGCAAAUGGACACAAUACCAAAAUAAACCACGGUCUUGCUCAGCUCGGAGGUGAUUCAGAGGAGCAGCAGAGAGACUCAUCAUCUCCUCAGAGUGCUGAUUCCAUCAUGUCUCUGUCCAGCCCUCAGCAGCACUCCUCGCCGUCAUCCUCGUCCUCUUCUUCCUCUGUUUGCUCCUUGUCAGGAAGUGACAUUGACUCUGACUCUGUUCCAUGUGGAACCAAGCAGCCUCAAGCUUUCCAAGAAUCCACAUUGCCCAGCAUGCAGCAGAGGACACAAAACGGGGCAAAUCCUUCUGAAACGGUUUCCUCAUCCAAGGGACAGCUGCGAAAAUCGCUCCCUCCCAAUGUGGUGGUUCCCCCACUUUUGCCAGGGAGACCAGCGUGUGUGGACAGGUGUGUUCCGUUUAGUGCUGGAUACCGGCUGCCCACUCCAGUGGCCUCCCCUGUCUACCUCAGCCCCCUUUCGGGCCCUCACCACCAGCACUUUGCCAAGUUUAAUAACGGCCAGAGGUUCGGACUGAAGGGGCCGCCGCACGCCAGCAACUUCGAGCCUGGAGUAAUGCCUGGACCCCGAGCUCUUCCUCCACAGCACAACCGCAACACCUGGCGCCGCCGCAGGAGGGACACAGCACCCUCCAGCCUUAGCAGAUAGAGCCUGCACUUCUGCCACGGCUCAAAGGUAGCACUUCGUUCCUUCCUAGGUGGCCGCGAAACCCUCUCCCCGCUCUCUGGCGCAUGUGGUUUUGAUCUCCAGGUCACAGCGUUUGCAUCUAACGUGACUGACUGGCUGUUUGGAUGUACUUGUUUGUUUAUAUGUAAUCACUGUUCACCUUUUUUAAUUUUUAAUUUUUUUUUUUAUUUGACCCUUCCUCCUCCACCUUUUUUGUGUUGUCUGGUGGCUGUAGCUUUUUAUGUUUGGUAGAAGUUAAAGUUGGGUUUCUGUUUGUGGUGCACACUAAACUUUUCAACACAGCCAGGCUGUACUCGGAAUAAUUUUUAGUAUAACUUGUGCAAUAUGGGUGUUUUUUAUUUGGAAUUUUUAGUUCAUUUUUUUUUUUAAUUUAAUGUUUGUCAAAGUUUACAUUUGUGUUAUGUAAUGAAUGUUAAGACUGUGGUGAGGUUUAUUUGAUGCUCUUAUGUGCAUAACAUUUUAGCAUGUUCAAAUCCAAACCAUGAACGUUUCCGUGAGCCAUGUGGUUUUGCGCAUGCUAAAACCCUAUUUAUGUACUCGAUUCCGUAAGACGUCCUCUCUGUGUCGGCCUGCCAUACGUGCAUUUCAGCUUCCGCACCAGCAGGUGGAGCCAUUGUUCUUAAACUGCUCUGUGCCAAAAUCCUAUGGCUACUACAACCGGAGGCCUGAUCGACCAAGUGUUCCUUAUGUUAUAGCCCACGUCUCGUCUUUUCACAGCCAGCAACGUACCAAAUCACUUCUUCUUGAUUUUUAUACUUGAUUAAUGUUGACUUUUUAUUUUGGGUCAGAAUUGUGACUCACUGCUAAUGUGUUUUUGUGGCCAGCUGAUUAGUUGGGUUAGGGCACAUUUCUGGGGUUAAUUUAAGUCUUACUGAUGUCUCAUUGUCACUUUUACUUUGAGUCGAAGCUCGAGAAUGAAGCGAGCAUGUCCUUUAGUCCAUUUCAAUUGGUGUGGGUUUUUUUUUUUUUUAUUAU